AUGGUCGCACACAGACCUGCCCAGGCUCCGUCAGGGCAUGGUCGGAGCGCAGAGCUGGAGGAAGCAUUCAGGGAAGGACUUAUUGCCAGUCUGAUUGGCGUAGAGGGAGGACACGCCAUUCAGAACUCCCUGGGCGUCCUGCGAGCACUCAGAGACCUCGGAGUGAGAUAUCUCACUCUCACACACACCUGCAGUACUCCGUGGGCAGAGUGUGCCAGGGCCAGGGAGACAGACAUGGAAGACCCUGAGUCACCACGGGGUCUAACACACUUCGGCAAGACGGUGGUGAGGGAGAUGAACCGGCUGGGACUGCUGGUGGACCUGUCCCACGUGUCCCAGGCUACCAUGAAGGCGGCCCUGGAGGUGUCCAGGGCCCCUGUUAUCUUCAGUCACUCCUCCGUGUACGCUAUCUGCAAGAACCCCAGGAACGUCCCCGACGAUAUUCUGAAGAAGGUGGCCAUCAACGGUGGUGUAGUGAUGGUCAGUUUCUACACUCACUUUCUUACCUGUAGUGAGACAGCAACUAUUAAAGAUGUGGUGGACCACAUCAACCAUGUGAGGAACAUUGCUGGAGUAGAACAUGUGGGCAUUGGUGCAGACUUUGAUGGUGUUAACAAGCUGCCUGAAGGACUUCAGGAUGUGUCUCGCUAUCCACAUCUCUUCGCGGAGCUCCUGGCGGAUCCAACCUGGUCCUUAGAGGAUCUAAAGAUGUUGGCAGGACACAACCUCCUUAGAGUCCUCAGAGACGUCGAGAAGGUACGACUAACAAUGAACCAACAAGGGGUCGUGGCCCUGGAAGAAGAGGUACCAGUCAACCAGCUAACAACCACCAACAACUGCUCCUACAAAUUCAUCAAGCAACCCGAGGACAACUAGCACCAUGCAACCUACCACCACCAACAGUCCGACAAACACACCACCACCAGGUCUCACAACUUCUCACUCGUCACAUCAGUAAAAAAAAAUAAUUAUUUUUCAAAAUUUUUGUUAUUAAUUUUAAUAGAAGCUUUG